AAACGCCACAGCGGCCGGAGAUCUCUGCAGUGCAGUGUCCAACCAGCGAGCAGCUAGCUAACGUGUCCACCCGGAGGGCUAUGGAGGAAACGAUGCUACAAGUCGACGGCUGUCAGACUGACCCCCCCUGCAUGGGCCCAUAAACAUGUCCACAGAUGACAGUAUCUCUGAGGAUGUGUCCAGCUCAGGGGCUUUGAGCCAUUGCCAUGUCAGUGCUGACGGGGAUGGGGGGAAGGAGAGUGAGACCUCUUUGCUGUCCUCCGAGGGGACAUCGGCCUCGGGCCUGGCCGUCUCAGAGGACAGACACUCUGCCUCCCAAACAACAGGAGGCACUGUGGAGAACAGACCUGUGUUCAUUACACCAGCAUGCAACAAGAUCAGGAGUCUGUGUCUGAGCACAAAGGAAGCAUUCGAACAAGGGAAGAACCUCCCAUUCAUCAACCCAAGCUCCCUCGAGACCCUUAGGGCUUUGGUCCAGGAGAUCCAGAGCAGUGGAGAGACGGACCCUGAGAUCUGGAAGGAUUGUGAGGGCCGGUGGCUGCAUCUAUUUCAGCUGGUUGAGAAGCAAUACCAAGAGCAGAUACUCGCACAGCAGGAACAAUACCAGUGCCAAAUACAGUUGAUUCAGGAUGAAAUUAAGGCUCUGGUCCAGCUCCAGAACCGCCAGGCCACUGUCCAUCCACAAACAGAGCUCUCUCCAACUCUAGUGACCAAAACUACUACUGACACAAAGGGUUACAUUUUCCCCCUAAUCUCCAGGGAUCACACAGUCACCAAAAACGUGCCCAGGGACAAUGACAGACUGGCAGCUCCUGCCCAUACUCCUUUUAGCUCCCCUUCACCUCCUCUGCACAGAUCAGAAACCGCCAACCAGGGGGAGGAGCGGGUAACUACAAUGCUCAGCAGUGGAUACGGGACUCUGUCUACCUGGGAACCGUGUAUGGAACCUGCUGGGUCUCCAGGGGAAGAUGAGGAUGGCAAUCAAGGGAGGGAGAAGCACCAUUGGACCUCUAACUUCCAGCAAGCCACAGAGACAACUGCGAUUGGGUGCCAGCUGGAUUUUCCCGAUGAGAGGCCUCUUGGAGUGGAGGAACUUAAUCGAUCAGUCUACCAGCCAAGAACCUCUGGCACCAGCCAAUCUUUGACCUCCUGGGCCCAGAGACAGAAACUCAGGCCCAAGAAAAGCAAAGCAGGAGAAGCUUCGUGCCAAAUCUCACAGUUCCAGGAGCAGCCAUGCAGCUCCAGAGAACCGAACAGACAAAACCCCCUGGAGAGCGCAGACUCCCAGGACCAGCAUCGACCGACUGGGCCGUCGUCCAGCACUUUUCCCCUGAGGAGGAGUGACAGCCUGAUGUCUGAAGCAUCAGGCCUCACUUACUGGCGUCUGCAUGAGAGUGACCUGUAUUGGCCCUUACCCGACAGCUUUGAAAGCAACGCUUACCACCUUCUGCAAGAGGCAUCCAUGAGUCUUACUCCACCUCAGGAGCGAGGGCCGUCUCUCAGAGAGAUCUAUCAGAACAAGCAAAGAACAGACUGUAAACACUCAGACUGGGAAGGUUCUAUUAUGUCUAGUCCUUCGUCACCACAGGUGUUGACGUUGGACCCAGCAGUGAACACGCGGCAGUCAGAAUGCACAUCUGGCUUCACUUCACCAUCUCAUUUCAGCAGCCCUUCAUUUGCCACUCAGCCCCACAUCAACCCCAGAGUCAGGACCCCUGUUUCCCCUGACAGCAUGGUGGAGUGUAGUCCCAACCCUGGAGAUACAGACUAUAUCUCUGACACCUCCAGUGUUUCAGUUGCCGGACCUCCUUACUCCAAAAUGCAAAGCUUGUGGGGAAACGCAUCCCGGGCAGUCGAGUGUACCUCCCAGGAUAAGACCAACCAGCAACGCAGAGCCAGUGCUCGUUUAGCCAGCGAGGAAGAGGGCAGUCACACCCACACCAGCACCCUGAAGCCCUGUUCAGCCUUUGGUGCUAAUCUGCGGCCUGCAGCCAGUCCCCACAUGGAGAGAGCUUCAUCACUAGAGGAUCCUGUAGUCCUGUCUCUUCUGCGGCAGAACCUGAGAGAGAAGCACUCUCGACAUGUGGCUGAUCUGAAAGCAUAUUAUGAGUCUGAGAUCCAAGUUCUGAGAGACAAACUCAAACUCAGAGAUCUGCCCCAGGAUUUAGAGAAGAGCAACCAGGCGCUCACAGAGAGGUGCAAGCAUCUAGAAAAGGCUCUGGCUGAGGCCAUCAGUCAUAUUAAAGAAGUAGAGGCAACAAACAGGUCGCUGGAGAAAAAACUGGCAGAAUGGCCAGAGCGGUAUGCUGUCGCGGGCGCUGCUGUGAAAUCUCUGCAGCAGCGGCUAGAAGAAAGUAAACGCUCGGGCAAAGAGAAGGACGCCCUGACAGCGCGUUUGAAGUCUCACGUACAGCAGCUGGAGGAGGCAGCACAGAAAGCCUGCAGAGAGGCAGACGAGAAGGAGGCCAGGAGGACGAGAGAGUACACGAUGCUGCAGGAUCUGCUCGGAGAAUAUGACUCUAUGAUGAAGCAGCACGAGGGAGUGAAGAACAAGAUGGUGUCUGCAGAGAACAAGCUUGUUGAUGCCAAUGAUCAGAUAUCUGAACUGAAGAGAUUGACCUCCAAGCUGGAGUCUCAGGUGAAGCAGCUGGACCAUGAGAACCAGUCCAGGGCCCGUUAUGCUUCUCACAGUAAUGCACAACCUUCUGGGGCUGGCCUUUUCCACCACCCUGACCUGCUGCUGUCACCCAGUAAAAGCAACAUGGAACCAGACAUCACCCGUAGAAAGUCACCGUGUCUUCUAUCCGACAAGCAGAACAGCGGCAGAAAAUCCCAGAUCUCUCAAACUAAACAAUCAAUUAUCCAUAAGAAUUUGCCAUACAUACUAAAUGAUCAAUCAUCUGGACCUGAUAGCUCUGUGGACCCCCCCUCAGCAGAUGGGAGCUGGAGGUGUGGAUCUCCCCCAGAGUGUGAACAGUCUCUGCCUCAGACCAGACACCAGGAGCAGAGCCAGCGGGACACCGGUUGGAUGCAGACAUCCUGCGCCCUGACGCCCAUGAUGAGGGCCCUGAUAGAGCUGGAGGAGACCAGAGCCACAGAGAGCCGCGCCCCCUGGGUUGGCAGUCAGAGGGCCACUGUGGGUUUUGUUGAGCGGCGACACAAAGAGCAAAUUCAGGAGCGAGAGGUGGUUAAACCUGGAGGAGCUGCGGUCGAAGCUGAGGGAGGCGGAGCAGCAAGAAGCCACAGUGGAGCAGAAAGAGCAGCAGCUCUGCUGAGGGCUCAGAGGAGUCUGUCUCCAGAGGGCCACAGGUCCGCCUCACUGCCUCCUCCAGCACAGAGAAACAUACCCACAACUACACCCCCAAAGAGAGAAACUUUGCUCCAGCCCCUGUCUGCCAAGUCCAGCCCUAAGCGCUGCCCCUCUGAGAACUACUCCACAGCUUUUGCUCACAUGAUGCCAAGAGAGCAACACCUGCACAACAGGUUUAAUGGCCGAGGUGAGCAGAGACGUCAUUCAUUCCACAGCAGCGGUACCAGGAAGAGACUCCAGUUUACCUCCACAGACAGAAAAGAUGACCUUCGCCAGCCCGAUUCCUCCAGCAGCAUGAACCCACCUAAUGGAAACUCCCAGCUGGGCUGGGAGGAGCAGGGGGCCUGUGGUGUGUCUGACCUGCGGAACACCUACGAGGACUCAGCCCCACUCCUGGACAAACUCAGCUCACUGACCGAGGCCGAGAAACUGUUAGACGAGCUGACGCAGGAGAAGCUACAGAUCGAGGCAGCUUUGAGCCGGAUGCCUGGAGCAGGCGGUAGAGUGAGUCUACAGACCAGGUUAGAUGAGGUGGCCUUAGAGAAUCGUCUGGAGAGAGUGAAUCGUGAGCUGGGAUCCCUCCGCAUGACUCUGAAGAGGUUCCACAUCCUCCGCUCCUCUGCCAACAUAUAGCAAUGUCUGUCUUUCUACAUCCAGAUGCUACUACUUAGUAUCUUGGUUUUAUACACAGCACUGAUUGUCCUUCGAUCUCUAUCUGUGCCAUAACACCCCCGUCUGUACAGUAACUCCACAGCACCAUUUUUAUAUGUAUGGAUUAUUACUCUGGGAUAUUUUUUUAUAUGUUGGAAAGAUAUUUCAAAGUCUAUUUUUAGAAAUACACAGAUUUGUAAAGUCAUUUACUUUUUUUAGUCACACAGAAUGAUAUGAUACAUUUUAAUUGCCAUAUUUAGGUGUCGAUUUUUAAAUCAGCUAAGCUUCAGUUUAAAUGUGAGCAAUUAUAAACUUCCCUGCACAGACAUCCUUCCACUUGGGAAAUAUCACUGCCAUUUUUAUUCUUGUGUUCAUCAACAUUUAAAAUGUUUUUCCAUGGCAUAGUAAUGUAUUUAUUUCAUGUUUUUAUACUUAAUAGAUUUUAUGUUUUUUGUUAGUUGCUGUUUUUUAUUUGUUUUUGACCAAAUUAUCAAACUUGAAGCGAAUGUUUGUUUACUUGAAUCUAAUUGCCUUUAUUCUUUGUUUCAUUUCCAUGACUGCUUGUCACUUUUUGGCUUCAUAUUUAAAAUUAGCUACAGGACUGGAGAAGAGCUCUCACACACACACACACACACACACACACACACACACACACACACACACACACACACACACACGUGUUUGUACAGCUUCUUAGUGAGGACACUCAUUGGCAUAAUGCAUUCUCUAGCCCCUUAUCCUAACCCUUACCAAUCCGAACUAAAUGUUUAACCCUCACCCUUAACCUAACCUAAACCUAAUUCUAACCCUAACCCUAAAACCAAGUCUUAACCCCCAAACUGUCCAUUAAAGGGGGGGGUCACAAAGUGAGGGCCGGCCAAAAUGUCCUUACUUUCCCUAAAUGUCCUCAUUCCGUAGGUUGUAGACUCAAACUGGUCCUCACAAAGACAGCUGUACAAGAGCACACACACACACACACACACACACACAGCACACACGCUCACACUGUCAAAUCCUCUGGUUAGUUUGUUCCUCCUUGAGCGAUGCUUGUGCAUGGAGUUUCUUGCACUGCUUCCUUUUGCCAUGCAGUUUUCCUACAAUGACAUGGACUUCACUGGAGCCGAGAUAUUGUCAUUGCACAAUAAAUUGAGUUUUUGUAAAAUAA